AUAUAAAUAUAUCAUCGAACAGCCCUAACACUCUCAUUCCAUCUUUCAGUUCCAGGAUCUGGCAUUGAAAACCCUAAUUGAUCGGUCUCGACAUUCAAAUGGAGUUUUGGGGUGUUGAGGUCAAAGCAGGAGAGCCUCUCGAGGUGGUACCUGGGGAUGACAUGCUUGUUCACAUUUCACAGGCUUCUCUCGGAGAAAUCAAGAAGGACAAAGGAAAUGAGUUGGUUUGUCUAUAUGCAAAUAUUGGUGGGCAGAAGCUUGUUCUUGGAACACUUUCUGCCGAGAAAUUCCCACAGAUCUCGUUUGACUUGGUGUUUGAAAAAAAAUUUGAGCUAUCCCACAACUGGAAAAAUGGGAGUGUGUACUUUUGUGGAUAUAAAGCUGCUAAUUCAGUGGAAUCUGAAUCAUCUGAUAGUUCUUCUGAUUCUGAUUCUGAAUUUGAAAUUGAUCUUCCACAUAAUACCACUGUGGAUAAUGGGAAGCCUCAACAGCUUAAGCAAGAGAAACCUGAGUCUGCUGCAGCUAAGCAGGUGAAGAUCGUAGAACCAAACAAAGAUGCUAAAUCACCCAAGGAAAAUGAUGAUGAUAGCGACAAAGAUAGUGAUGAAUCAAUGGAUGAUGAAGAUGAAUCAUCUGAGGAUGAGGAUAUGGUCAAUGAUAGAAGUGCAAGCUCAGAGGAUGAAGAUGAUGAUGAGAAUGAAGACAAUGAGGAUGACAAAAAUGAAAUCUCUAAGAAGAAAGAGACACCAAAGAAGGCUGGACCAAGCAAGAAAAGACCUACAGAGUCUGUUUCAAAAACACCUGUUCCUGAUAAGAAGGCAAAAUUUGUUACUCCCCAAAAGACUGAUGGCAAAAAAAGUGAUGACAAAAAGAGUGGUGGUCAUGUAGCAACACCUUACCCUUCAAAGCAGGCUGGAAAAACUCCUGCAAACACAGAAAAACCUAAGCAGCAGGUUCAGAAAUCUGGUGGAUCAUUCUCUUGCAAGUCUUGCAACAGGUAUGGGUCUUCCCUUUGGAAGUUCUGGAGAUUGUUUUUAUUUGAUGUGGUCCAAGAAACUUAUUUCGUCCUCUGCCUUGCAGGUCAUUCAAUUCUGAGAAUGCUCUACAAAGUCAUACCAAGGCCAAGCACACUGCUGCUAAGUAAAGAGAGGUAAAUCCAGUAGUUCCUUGUGUGAAGCUCAAACUUGUCUUUUUAGCUGGUGAACUGAGUCAUUGUCUUAAUGUCCACGGAGUUUAUUACUGAAAACUUGGUGGGAUGGAUUUUGGUGUUAUUUUUACCUCUUGUUGAUGAAUGUCUCUUGGUCAUCUGUUAAUAUAAAAUAACAUCCAUUUUCCUUUCAUAAA